AUGGAGACGGCGAUGGCCAGGCCCGGGGAAUUCAAGCCUGUGCGAGGACAGAGGCAAAACGUGGCCGAGCAGCGACGGCGGCUGAGAUCUGACGGAGGUUGGUGGUGGUGGUGGUGGUGGUGGUGGUGGUAUAAUGGUGGUGGUGGCACAAGGACGAGCGCGAGGUACUGCUACCUCGGCGGCGCGGGAGCGAGCGAGGCAUGUACCUCUUGUAGGCGGGCAGGCAGAGCUGGCAAGGGACGCGCGGUACCCAGUACGCCGCGGACGUCUAGUGGGCGAGCGAGCACGGCUCUUCACACGCAGUACCGCAGGAAGGGUGUGCCGCACCAGCCUGGGCCUGAGCCUGAGCCCGGAGCUCUGCUGAGACGAGGCCCGCUAGCGGACGGCGUAGCACCGCUAGCAGUGCUUAGCUCUAUCGGCGCCAAAUGGGGCCAGGGCUUCAAGUCUAGCGCCAGAAUCGACGUCGAUGCCGAUAUGGCAGCGCGUUGUCUGGUCCUAUCGCUCCUAUAG